GCGGGCUAAUGGUCACCACUUCGCCAAUUAAUCCUUCACGAACCGUCCCUCAGAAGCACACCCCGAGAUGCCAGGUCACAAGAAAAGGAAGUAACUAACUAAGGCUAAAAAGAAAGGCGCUGUGGAAUGUCUCUCCGGUAGAAAAACUAAGGGGCGUGAAAACGGAGAACAUGGCAUCUGGGUUUGUUUAUUAUAGUCAGCUGUCAGCCCGUCAGCCUCAUGUCACGUGGUGGUGGUGUCCUCUGUCAGUGUUAGCCCUGACGUGGUGCUGAAUAAAGGUGGAUUCUUGCCACAGCUGCUGCCCUAGUCAUCCUCCCGUGACCUGCUGCCCCGCCACUUGUCACGAUUGCUUGACUCACGAGAGGGUGAACUAACACACGUAUUGCCUCAGUGUGUAACGCUUUGACUAGGGUCCGUCACGUUAGCAGCUGGCAGGGAGGUCAGUGUGAAGUCAUCUGGCUGGGAGGAUAUCAAUAUAAGGUCAUCUGGCAGGGAGGAAGAAGAGGUGGUCACCGUGAGAGGGAGGACAGGCCAGGGGUCGCCGUGAUGAGGUGGGGUGGAGGGCAGUGUUGGGUCAUCGGCCUGGUCCUCGUCGUGGUCGCCGUCAGCAGCAGCAGGCAGGCCAACCCGUCAUGUCCAACAGGCAAGGAAGGGAUGCUCAAUGUUCACCUAGUCUGCCACACCCACGAUGACACUGGCUGGCUCAAGACUGUGGACCAGUACUUCUAUGGAGCUCGUAAUGACAUCCAGCGUGCGGGUGUGCAGUACAUCCUGGACUCAGUGGUGACGGCUCUACAGAAGGACCCAAAGCGCAAGUUCAUCUACGUGGAGUCUGCCUUCUUCUUCCGCUGGUGGGACGAGCAGGACCAGAAAACCAAGGACAUUGUGAAGGCGCUUGUGUCAUCAGGUCAGCUUGAGUUCAUUGGCGGAGGAUGGUGCAUGAAUGACGAAGCCUCCACACACUACAAUGCCAUCAUUGACCAGAUGACGCUUGGCCUGGCGAAGUUGAAUGAGACCUUUGGUGAGGCUGCAAGACCGACGGUGGCCUGGCAGAUAGACCCUUUCGGCCACUCUCGUGAACAGGCCAGCCUCUUCGCACAGAUGGGCUUUGACGGUCUGUUCUUUGGCCGCCUUGACCAUGACGACAAGAGAAAUCGCUGGAACACAAAGACAAUGGAGAUGGUGUGGGAAGGCAGCCAGAAUCUUGGGGAGGCGGCUCGACUCUUCACUGGUGUGCUGCCCAAUGGCUAUGGUCCUCCCCCUGGCUUCUGCUUUGACAUCCUGUGCUCAGACGAACCCAUAAUGGACGACCCACGGCUGCACGACUACAAUGUUGAUGAUAAGGUUGAUGCAUUUAUUAAGGCUGCUGAGAGUGAGGCAGAAGGAUACUCUUCGGCCGGCCAUAUCCUGAUGACCAUGGGCGAGGAUUUCAAUUACCAGAGUGCUGAGAUGUGGCUGUCUAACCUGGAUAAGCUGAUCAGAUACGUCAAUGAGCGGCAGGAGUCCGGGUCAAAGGUCAACAUAUUCUACUCCACGCCAUCCUGUUACCUGUCAUCCCUGAAUGCAGCCAACCUGACCUGGACCACCAAGAGUGACGACUUCUUCCCUUACGCGUCGGGGAACCACACGUACUGGACUGGCUACUUCACCUCCCGCCCCACCCUGAAGAGAUACGUCAGGGAGUCCAAUGCCGUCCUGCAGGCAAUUAAGCAAGUGUCGUCACUGCUGGGUGUUGGCCGGUCACUGGAGCUGGAGAGGCUGGUGAAGGCAAUGGGUGUUCUGCAGCACCAUGACGCUGUGUCCGGCACCGAGAAGCAGCACGUGGCAGAUGACUAUGCCGAGAGGCUGUCCGAGAGCACGGCAGCAGCGUUGGGCAUGAUGGACCAGGCACUCAGCAAGCUGCAGACGCCUGAGGCCAUCAAGGAGGCGAAGGGAAUGUCGUCCCAGUUCUGUCCACUACUUAACAUAUCCAGCUGCCCCAUCACUGAGACCGCCUCCGCCUUCACCGUCACCGUGUACAACCCUCUUGGUAGGCCUGUCACCCACUAUGUUAGGGUGCCAGUUCCAGACAAGGUCGCCUACAAGAUCACUAACUACCAGGGCAAUGCAGUCGAGGCUCAGCUUGUGCCCAUUCCUGAUCCCGUCCUGUCCAUUCCUGGCCGGAAUUCAUCUGCCACCUUUGAGCUGGUCUUCCCAGCCACAGACAUCCCACCAUUGGGCUUUCUCCGCUUUCACGUUCAGCAAACUGGCAAUUAUCGCAUCUUGCAGCAGCAGAGGUCUGCUGUCCAUUCUCACAAGCUAGGUGGGGAUGACCCCAUUAAACUACAGGGACAGAAUGUUGCUGUCUUCAUCGACUCACAAACAGGCCUUCUCAAGUUUGUGGGAGCGGUUAAACCUGGGGACAUUCAAAUGGUGCCGGUCAGCCAGAACUUCUUUGUCUACACGGCAAUGGCUGGAGAUAACAGCAAGGAGCAGUUCAGAGCCUCAGGUGCUUACAUCUUCCGUCCCAACGGCACAGAAGCCAUCCCAAUUGCUGACAAGGCUGAAGUCACCACUGUGGAAGGAUCACUAGUGUAUGAGGUUCACCAGAAGUGGGGUCCGUGGGUCAGCCAAGUCAUGCGCAGCUACAAGGGAAAGCUGGACCUGGAGAUGGAGUGGCUGGUUGGACCCAUCCCCAUCAAUGAUAGGCUGGGACGUGAGGUGGUGACACGGUUCAAAUGGGAGGAGCUCACCACUGGCGACACUUUCUACACCGAUGCUAAUGGCAGAGAAAUGGUGAAACGUGUGAAAGACUUCCGUCCCACGUGGCAGCUCCAGAACCAUGAGCCCGUCGCCGGUAACUACUACCCUGUCAACUCUCGCCUCAUCCUAGACAACGGGACAGACUUCAAGGCUGCCGUCCUCACUGACCGCUCACAGGGCGGCACGUCGCUGAACCCAGGCCAGAUGGAACUGAUGGUCCAUCGCCGCCUGUUGCACGAUGAUGCCUUUGGGGUUGGAGAACCACUCAAUGAGACCCAGUACGGCAAGGGGCUGGUGGCACGUGGGAAGCACUAUAUCCUGCACAGCUCUUUUGGGAGUGAGGAGUGUGACUUUGGCUGCAUGCACCGCACACUGGGCGAGGAGCUGCUGCUGCCACCUCUCUACUUAUUUGAGGAAACCUCAGUCUCAGCACACACUUGGAGGACAUCUUCUGUCAAUAAGUGGACUGGCCUAGGGAUGAGCCUGCCAGCCAAUGUCCACCUCCUCACCCUGGAGCCUUGGGGUGACAACAAGCUGCUGCUGCGACUCGAACACAUGUAUGAGAACGGCGAGAGUUCCACACUCAGCGACCCAGUGACUGUUUCUCUGAAGGGACUUCUGGCAGAGUGGGAGAUUGUAGCAGCAGAGGAGACCAUUCUCUCAGCAAACCUCUUCAGGAAGGAUGAAGACAGACUCCAGUGGAAUGUGGAGGAAGGUGACGCCUUGCAUCAGUCACAGUCACAGGACAAGACCAGCAACACCGGCAGCCAAGAUGACCUCUCCAUUACCCUGAAGCCCAUGGAGAUCAGAACCUUCAUCUUGACCGUGCAGGUUAAUUCAAUCAGUUUCUAGAAGCUGGGAGAGAACAAGAUUAAGGGGUAUGUCUGGGUGUCUUUAUUAAUUGCCCCACUGCACAGUUUUGAAAUGUUGAUAUAUUAUUUGUAUGUAUAUGCAAAUUUCAUGAAAUUUGGUUAUCACUUUUUAAUAUGUGAAUUUUCCAUAAAUUUGA